AUGGCAUGUCGCAUGCUUGGUAUUUGUCCUCACAUGAUUAAAUAUGUGAUAUGUGAAACAUAUUGCAAGUUGUAUUCAAUUAGUGAUGUGUCAAUGAAGAAACCAAAUCAACGCCCUAAUAUUAGCAAAUACACAUUUAAAGACUUUCCAAAUCAUCUAAUGGCCAACAAAAGACAAUUUUGUGAUGAUGAUUUGUUCAAAAAAGUUCCAGUCUCAG